AUGAUGAUGUGCUUCUAUUCGGCACAGAUUCACCUGCGAAAGCUUCUUAACCGCGUCUACAUGGACCUGUACAAUGCCCAGAAGCAGGGCCAAAUGCGGUGGUUAUCCGUAGGAUCGAAAAUCGAAGCGGAGGGCCCGGCACGAUCCACUGAGGUGUGCACGGAGAGCAUCGCAAAGAAACAAACCAUCGAUACUGGGAAAUACCGUGUUGAACGAGGAAACCCCAAGCCAUCAUUGAAAAUUUGA